GUGUUCCUGACUCUUCCUCGCCAUGUCUUCUCACAAGACCUUCAGAAUCAAGAGGUUCCUGGCCAAAAAACAAAAACAAAACCGCCCCAUUCCACAAUGGAUUCGGAUGAAAACUGGUAAUAAAAUCAGGUAUAACUCCAAGAGGAGACAUUGGAGAAGAACCAAGCUGGGUCUAUAAGGAAUUGCACUUGAAUGGCGUGCUCAUUUCUUCUGUCUCAAUGUCACUAUCACCACAUCAAGCUGAAAAUGUCACCAUCAUCUGGACAGCUGGACAUGUUUGAUUAGGGCUGUGACCAGUGGGCUGGUUCAGUAAUAAAUAUGUGAGCCCUUUAGAAAAAAAAAUAUAUAUCCAUCUUAGUGCAUUUAAAAUAUGGUUUAACUUAGGACUCUAUAAUAUGCACAGAUUUUUUUCAUAAUAAAUCAACCUAUUUGUUUUACAUUUGAGGAAAAUAUAAAUUAAAAUGGUUAAGCAGAUGAUCUAACGUCACAAGAUAGCAGAAGAGCUAUGAGAAGGUUCUAGAUUUUUUAGUUCUAUGCCUAAUACUCUCUGUAUCUCAUGUCCAAUAAAGUGUGGUUUUGUCUCUAAUGUUGACAAGGAUGUCUUUGGUAGUGAUUGUAUUAACAUAG